UGUUUUUGCAAUUUUACACAAUCUGCCACCGUAUGCUCUGCUAUUACAUCAACCACGUUCUGAUGAACACACAUUCGUCUCUCUUACUUCAAGAAUCAAUUGAUGUUUCUUCAAUCUAUGGCUUGAGCGCUACUGCAUUGACUUCAACAUCUCUUCGCAACUUCAAAUCCACAUCUUUUUCAGGAGUCGAAACUUGAAACCCUAGUAUCUGUUCGAAGGUGAUUGAUUUAUGCGAAAAAUCCCUCGUCUUGAGAAGAAGAUCUAGCUGCGACUCACCAUGAACGAUCUUUUAUCUGAAUCAUUUGAGAAUCCUCGGGGUCAAGAUUAUGGCCAUGGUGAUCUUGAAAUGGGAACACAAAAUAACUCGAAUUCUGCAGAGUUAGGGUUGGAUGAUUUUUUCAAGAAGGUUCAAUCCAUCGAAAAACAAUAUGAAAAGCUGAAUAAAUUACUCAAAAAACUACAAGAUGCUCAUGAGGAAUCCAAGGCUGUAACCAAGGCUGCUGCUAUGAAAGCAAUCAAGCAACGUAUGGAGAAAGAUGUGGAUGAAGUUGGAAAGAUUGGCAGGUUUAUUAAAUCAAAAAUCGAGGAACUUGACAAAGAGAACUUAGCCAACAGACAAAAGCCUGGAUGUGGAAAAGGAACUGGAGUUGACCGGUCAAGAACAGCAACUACACUUUCUUUGAAGAAAAAGUUUAAAGACAAAAUGUCUGAAUUUCAGGCUCUAAGGGAAAAUAUUCAUCAAGAACAUCGUGAGAUAAAGAAGAAGUGUAAAAAAGACACCCAACAAACACAAAUCGAAAGUGAAGACGAAUCUUUUGAGAUUAAGGUACUGUUCUUUGCUCGAGCUGGAGAUCUAACUGGAAUGACUGAUAUGAAAAUGGAAGUGACAUCAGGUACUGAUGUUGGUGAUUGCUUAGAUAAACGUAUUGCAAAAUUUCCUGGCUUGAAAGAGCUUCGUAGAUGCAUGGUUCUGGCUUUAAAUGAGGAAUACACGACUGAUUGA